AUGCGGACAACAAACGCCAGACGGGGCCGUUUGAGCUCCCGGCCCUUCUACACGACGGUCUUGUUGCUGUCUUUGCUGGCCGCGUACUCGUUCCUGGCGCAUUCUCGACAUCACCAUGGCCUUCGCGAUGACACCUCGACGCUACUUCGACGCUCCCACGACCAGCCUGAAUGUCGCGAAGUGCACACGGCCAAGGACCAAUGCGCUUUUGUCAGACAGUACUGUGUAGAUGAAGAUGCCGGGCUUCUUCCCUACCUGCGACUGUACUACUGCGACCUGGGCAAAGCGCAGCCGGUUGCUUUCAUCAUUCUUGUUACUUGGCUGGGGCUGCUGUUCACCACCAUCGGCAUUGCGGCGAGCGAUUUCUUCAGUGUCAACCUGAGCACCAUCGCCACCAUCUUGGGCCUCAGCGAGAGCCUCGCGGGCGUCACGUUUCUGGCAUUUGGAAACGGCUCUCCCGAUGUCUUUAGCACUUUUGCGGCAAUGGGGUCCAACAGUGCAAGCAUGGCUGUUGGUGAACUCAUUGGCGCCGCCAGCUUUAUCACAGGCGUCGUUGCGGGCUCCAUGGCCCUAGUCAGAGAGUUCAGGGUGGACCGCCGUACAUAUGCUAGAGACAUUUGCUUCUUUAUCGUCGCGGUCGCCUUCACCAUGGGGUUUCUGGCUGAUGGGGAGCUGCGAUUCUGGGAGUGCUGCGCAAUGAUUGGAUACUAUGCCCUAUACGUGUUCGCUGUUGUUGGAUGGCAUUGGUAUACUACGAGGAGGAAGAGAAGACUCCGCAGAGAAGGAGAGGCUCGCAGCCAUUUUUAUAGCCUGGCCGGCCACACUGGAGACGAACUUGCGGGCGAGCCCUACCAGGACGAUCCCGAAGACGAACACCAAGAAACAAGUCGACGGACUACAACAAGCUCUGGGACCGGAGGCAAUCUCUCCGCCUUGGAGCGUGGUCCUGUUAUAGAAAUUGAUGGCCAGAUAGCUGAGACGCCUGGAAGCGAGGAUAGCGAAGAAACUGACGAGGAUCACGAGAGAAUGGUUGCUGUAGAGGUGGCCCGGAGUAUGCGAGUCUUGCGCCCCCAAGGCAAGCGGAGGAACACCAUCACACCGAUUCGACCGAGCUUGAUUGGUGCGUUGGAAUUCAGGUCUGCCUUGGCACACUUGCAGCGCGAGAGCAACCUUCAGCUUUCAGCAAUCCCGGCGCGCAGCUAUUCUGAAAAUCAUGUUCACAGAGGUCGACGGGGUAGUACAAGUGCGCUCUCCAACUUGGUAUAUUCCGAUGACAGUUCCGCCACCACGACAGAUGGGAGGGUAAGGGCUAGGUCGCAUGGAGCCGCUCCAGUCUCUUCAUCUACCCCUCGGGAACUACUAGGCCACAGCCGGGAUCGAUCAGACUCCAGUUUGCAGCCUCCCCAAGAUGGCACCAUCAGCCAAAGAACUGCAAGUCCUGCGCCGUCAUAUCAGAUUGGCGGCAAACUCGCACCCCCUCCGAUCGAUGGACCGACUACAGUGGCUGGCAGCCCUCACCAAGAGUCACAUGCCGCAUCUCUCAUUCCUCGCCUCCAGUUACAGAUACCCAGUCGACCCGGUAGCGUGAGUACCCUAUCGUCGCCUGUCAUGCCCUUUCCUCAUUAUACCGACUCUCCUAUGGCCAUUUCGCCUAAUACGCAAGCUAUCUCGCCGAAUACGCUACCUGAGCCAGCUGGGCUAGGUUUACUGCCACCUUCAGCUACCGCUCGCGAAAGUCCCUUUGCCGCCCUCGACAACGCAGCAGCUGCAUCGCGACCAGUUAGAUGGUGGCCGUAUUCGAUUCUUCCUGCUCCGCAUGUGCUCCUUGCUACCUUAUUCCCGACCUUGCAGGGAUGGAAAGACAAGGCUUGGUGGGACAAGUUUGUUAGUGCCAUAUCUGUCCCAAGCAUCUUCCUCUUGGUAAUCACGCUACCUGUCGUCGAAUCAGAGACGUCAGAGGAAAUUGAUACCUUUGAUGAUGGCAUUACCAUCACAGAUCAUUCUGCCCAUAGGUCGAUUGGACAUAUGGCUCCGCCCAUUUCGGUCCAACCGGGGGAAAUAGAACCCGAAGAUGAGUGGGAGCGGUUUCGAAGAUAUUCGUUGAAUCGCAGAAACAGCGAUGCUGCCACCAAUAGCAUUCCGACACCAUAUUUGGCGCUGCCGGAAGAAGACCUUUUGACUGUAUCCCCCCGUACCCAAGAGCCUGGCGCGGCUAAGCCCCUGUCCGAGGUUCGCUCCGUCAGCCAAGCAAGCGAGGAAAAGAUGGGAUGGAGUCGUUGGCUUGUCUGUCUCCAGCUCUUCAUGGGGCCGCUGUUUGCAGUCGUUAUACUCUGGGCAAACAUCUCUGAAGAUUGGGAGAAUCCGAGAAGCUCUCUAGUGCGCAUGAUUCUAUGGACGCUUGUAGGAUCUCUCGUACUGUUGGGAGCCCUGCUUCUGCUUACUACGGAGCAGAGGCGGCCCCAGUACCACUUUUCAUUCUGUUUUUUGGGCUUCAUCAUCAGCAUAGCGUGGAUUUCAACAGUGGCUGGCGAAGUGGUUGGAGUUUUGAAAACAUUCGGCGUGGUUCUUGGCAUCUCAGAGGCUCUGCUCGGACUCACUAUAUUUGCUGCCGGCAACAGCGUAGGUGAUCUAGUUGCUGAUAUUACGGUGGCUCGACUUGGAUAUCCUGUCAUGGCAUUAUCUGCCUGCUUCGGCGGACCAAUGCUCAACAUCUUGCUAGGCAUAGGUGUGGGAGGCGUUUUGAUGAUGGUCCAAGAUGCAAAUCGUCACCACAGCAAGCAUCCAGGGGACGACUACGCUUACAAGCCGUACCGCAUACAGAUUGGAGGAACUUUGAUGAUUUCCUCCAUUACGCUGCUUAUCAUGCUAGUCAGCUUGCUCAUCGCCGUGCCCUUGAACAAAUGGAUCUUGAGCCGCAAGAUUGGCUGGGUGUUGAUAGCCAUGUGGUCGGCCAGCACGGUUGUCAACGUGAUUGUUGAGGUUACGGGUGCAAUAGGCGAUAUUUCCUGA